AUGGAAGGAGAAAACCAAACCUCUUUCUUUGUCUUCAUCAUCAUGGGAUUCUCCAACUUAAAUCAUCUGCAAUUUUUACUAUUUACCACCUUUCUUAUGAUCUAUCUAUGUACCCUUGGAGGAAAUACUUUCAUUAUUUUGAUGACACUGAUGGACUCUCGACUACAUACCCCCAUGUAUUUUUUCCUGAGGAACUUGGCUUUUCUAGACAUCUGCUAUACCACCACCAAUGUGCCCCAGAUGAUGGUGCAUCUCCUCUCAGAGAAGAAAAGCAUUUCCUUUGGGGGCUGUGUCACUCAAUUUUUUGCAUUCCUUUCCUUGGUUGGUGUAGAGUGUCUUUUGCUGGCAACAAUGGCCUAUGACCGUUACAUUGCAAUCUGCAAGCCUUUAAGGUAUUUAGUCAUUAUGCACAAGGCCCUGUAUAGCCAACUUGCAGCCUCCUGCUGGGUUUGUGGUUUCCUGAACUCAGUGGUGCACACAGUCAUGACGUUCCGUCUGCCCUUCUGUGGCAAUAACAAGAUCAAUUAUUUCUUCUGUGACAUCCCACCUUUGCUGGUCUUGUCUUGUGGGGACACUUCUGUUAAUGAGUUGGUAAUACUCUUCCUUGGAGUCUUCAUUGGAUGGGCUCCUUUCCUGGGCAUUAUCCUUUCCUACAUCUACAUCAUCUCUACCAUCUUGAAAAUCCAUUCUUCCAAGGGGAGGAAAAAGGCUUUUUCUACAUGUGCCUCCCACUUGCUCAUUGUCCUUCUCUACUUUGGCAGUGCCAUCUUCACGUAUGGAAGACCCAUCUCAUCUUACUCACUGGGCAAAGACAGGCUGAUCUCAGUAUUAUACAGUGUUGUCACUCCCAUGCUAAACCCUAUAAUUUAUACGCUGAGGAAUAAGGACAUCAGAAAGGCCUUGAGAACUGUGGCAGAAAAAAUAGCUACUUUCAAAUCUAAUUUCCCUUGA